AGAAAACUGUGAUGAGGUUUGUGUACAGUUUAUUCCUCUCUAAACAGUAUAGACUUUGUGCAUAUAGUUCAUAUAUGCGGCGACCUUUCGCAACAUUGUGUCACUCGCGCUUUUUUAUUAUUAUACCUGCAGCAGCGCCGCUUCAAGGUUCCGCGCAGGCUGCAGUGGUGCUAUAUCUGUUUAGCUAUAAUCUUUCUCGAAAAUGACGUCUCAAUCGUAUAUCGAAAAAGGUUUAACAACGAGCAACCCCCAAAGCCAGUAAUUCACCGGAAGUCACGAGGAUAUAUAAGAAAAUGAUGAAAUAAGGAAAUAAGCCGAGCUCCCGCCCCCCGCGUAUAGAACUCCCGAGUAUAUAUAUAUAUAUAGUGAAGGGCUGCGCGAUGUCCGGCAAAGUCCCACCCUCCGAAGGCUACUCCUUUCGUCCCGUCGAUUUUCGACAAACGACACGCUCCUAUAUAAUCUACAGUCCGAAUCCUGAACGAACAACAGUCUUAUAUUUUCAACUAUUCCAGCCAGGAUAUAUAUAUAUAUAUAUAUAUACUUACACCGAGAAAGCUUCAGCAGCAGCAUCAGAGAGUAUAUAGAAACAAUGGCCGAAGCUGCGGGGGGUGGGGGAGCAAACUAGGCAUUCGGCCAAUGGCGUCGCGGGGGAGGCCAGUCCUCAUCCAUUGGAGCUCGUCUCUCGGCGGCGCCCGAUCAAUGGAGGCGGCGCGAGACGAAUAACCCCUGCGACGCACGGCCGGACCUGUGCCGCUCUCUUUGUAUAUUAUAUGCUAUAUAUCGAAUUAUUUUUGACGCUCUAUAGAUUCGUUAUUUCUCGUUGAUCGGAUGGACUUUCCAAAGUUGCAGCCCCAAGUCCCCAAAUUACAACGAUAUCAAUAUAAAGCCGAUCACGUAUCUCGUCGUGGCCGCGUAAACAAGUCGUUCGACAAAGAAAAGGUGAAAAAAGGCUGCCCCCGUCGUCGCACCGCUUCCGGUCCUCGCCUUCCACGGGGGAGCCUCCCCCUCGGACACUAAAAUUGCACCUGGCGCCGCGGGAUGACUAUCUUAUAUCGCGUCGGUACCUGCGCUGCACGUAUAUAUACAGUUUGCUCUGUAAUUAUACGCCGCGAGGCUAUAUCGGUGAUUCUUGCCGAUUUUUCGAUCACUGAUGCUUUUGAGAAUUUAUGUAGCACACUUUUGAAACUAUAUAGAGGUGUAUAUAGAUGAGCCAGGGAGUAAUUGAUGUCGGCUAUAAAGCGAGACAAUCGAUUCGGCCUGAUAGCUCGUCGCGCGACGCUCUAGAUCUGAGGCUAACCGAUUUUAAUCUGCUAUUUAUUAUUACUCUCUUCGCAAUGUAAUAAGACCGAGCUAAAAGGUCACGACACCCGAGCUCUGGAAAACGGAGCUGCGCUCGUGGCUUCGAUUUUCCGAGUCGAGGGUGCGAGAAGAGGGAAAAUUACUCGACGGUUUCGCGUGUCUCGGGAUCCGCGCAGCAGUUAUCAGUCGAUCCGAAAGCAAGCGCCGUCAGCCAUAAAAAGAAAGCCGAGAAAAGCCCGCAUAAAUUAUACACAUCCUCGACGAAAUAGCAGAUAUAGGGUAGGAAAAGCGCGCCACAUGGCUCCCUUAUUAUAACCACUCGGAUGGUCCACCUGCGCGAUCGAGCGCUGUCGGCGGCGGCAACGCAGCAGCAGCAGCAGCAGCAGCACCUGUCAGGGCUGUAUACUCGGCCGCCGCCCGCACCGCUCGCUCAGUCAGCCCCGGAACAUGCUGAGGCUCUUGUCGCUCCUCUGCGCCGCGGCACGCAAGCUAUUCCACUGCCUCUUCAACCGGAGGCUCUCCAUCCGGCCGCGCAAGUGCCCCUUCUGACAGCCGGCGAAGCUCGUCCACCGCAAGUUCCGCCGCGACAGGAGAUAAUAGCAAACGGCCGCAGGAAUCGGAAGCGUGUCAUGCGAGAUGGUGCGCACGCGGAACAGUUCCGCGCUCCGGCAGCAGCUCGCUGAGGAGGAGGAGGAGGCGGCAGCCCGUCGUCGGGAGCAGGAGGAGAAGGUUCAGCUCGAGCGCUCGGAGGCGGCGGCGAUGGCGGCAGCCGCGGCCGCGAUCGCCGCCGACGAGGCCAACUGCGACGCCGAGGCCGAACUGACAAGUCUCUCCUGGCUCCAGUCGCUCGACAUCAUGAGCGCAUCCGGGCUGCCCACACCGCCCUGCUCGCCGACGCCGCCGGCGCCGAGAGCUCCGCCGCCAGCGAGGCAGCAGCCCAAGAAGAUGUCGCCCCUGCUCAAGGCUCAGCUGGACAUGGCGGAGAACGGGGAGAAGUACCUGAGCGAGCCGGACAGGAAGCCGCCGUACUCCUACGCCACCCUCAUCUGCCUGGCAAUGAGGGCGAACGACAACAGGGUCACCCUCUCCAACAUCUACGCCUGGAUCCGGGAGAACUUUAUGUACUACCGUCGAGCCGAUCCGGCCUGGCAGAACUCGAUCCGGCACAACCUCUCGCUGAACAAGUGCUUCGUGAAGCUGCCCCGCUCGAAGGACGAGCCCGGCAAGGGCGGCUUCUGGAAGCUCGACCUGGAGCGGCUGGAAGAGGGCAGACGCACGAGGCGACGCAGCACGGUGGUCCGCGGCCAGUCGCGUUUCCCGCCGAAGCGAGCCUCGCCCGCGAUCGCGGCGGUCGUCGCUGCGGCCACCGCCUCCUUGACGCCUACCAGUACGUCCGCGAGCCUCGAGACGGACCACGUCGCCAAGAUCCUCGGAGCCAACGGAAACUCGGGGCCCAGGUGCAUCGUGCUCUACGAAACGCCGCCCAGCAGCGUCUCGCCACCGAUCCCGGAAACCCUCGCCGAGGUGCCCGAGUCCACGCAGGUGAACAUAAGCGAGGAAGACUUCACGGACCUGCUGAUCGAGAGCGCUGCCUGGGACGACGGGGUCGAGAAUCAGCUUGCGCUUUUGGACUCCGUGCUCGACAUGCUCUAAAUCUAAGUCAGCGACUUCUCGGCUCAGCAGGUUGUACAUUCCGACACGACUUCUUAAGAUUUAUGUCAUUUUCAGUUCCGUAUAUAGUGUACCCGUGCCAAUGAGAUUUGUUUGAGAGCGCGUUGAUACAAAUAGUUUUACAGGUGAUGCGCACAGGUACGACACAGGGUGGUAACGAACGUUUUCUCAUCACCGCGGUAUCGAACGAAUAUAAUAAUUUGUCCGCUUGAGAAAAGGGUUUUUGAUUUGGUUCGUGAUAGAGUGAGUUGUGAAAGUUUACAAGUUUUGUGUGAAGAGUCGUCACGUUGUAUAUCGGACGUAUAAAGUAACCAACGAUCUCGUUAACUGUUUUUUUCUUUAAUUUUCAGUAGAAAUUAAUUAGAAAUCUUCAAAAUAUCAAAUUAUCGCACAUCGAUUUUCAACUGAGCAGAUAGGUAGGUCUCUAUAUGACCAGCCGAUACUUCAACUAAAUAUUCUUAUUAUACAGCAAAAUUUAUCAAAACCACUGCUUUUCGAUGGCAGAUAGUAUACUAUCUAUAAUUUGAUUAUAAUUUUAUUCUCUGCAUUGGCCGAAACGUCUACUUUUGUAAAUAUAUGAUAGAAACUACCGAUAUUUGUACUUGUAAAAUACGUAGGAUACGUUUAACAUUAGUUUAUAAAAAAGCGGAAAAUUAAAAAAAUGCAGAAAGUCGUAAAAAGCAGACUCGAUGGGCUUAUGAAAAUCCCAUUGAGAUGUAAGCAAGACUUUUAAUGCCUUACAGAAAUCCGUCCAAAGAUUAGCCAUAGUUAGCGCGAUUCCACGAAUUUAUCUCUUAUAAAUUCUGGAGUUUACGCGCGUGUGUGUAAGAAGUGAAAAAAGUAACGUAUAUAUUUAUAAGAAUUCGCGCACAUUCAUAACUAUCCAUUAGAGCACACAUUUGUUUAAAACAUGCAUGAAGAUUUUGCAAUUUUAAAUUUAUCACUACUAUAUAUAUAUAUGCAAGAUUUUGUUUUGCUUCUAUAAGUUAUCAGCAAUAGUUAGAAGAUAAAUGCUACUGUUUAAUACACUUUUAUUCCGCAAAAACACUUGUAUAAAAAUAGCAACAUAUAACUUCCAAAGUUAUUGCAUACUUGCUAUAUUAUUAAUUAUUAUCUUGACUAUACUCGUAUAAGAUCCGAGCUGUUAUACGCUAACUUGUAAAAUAUGAGUUUCCUUAAUUGUUAAUUUAUUGUAGCGUCGUAUAUUUUAACUAUUAUGAUUCAUUAAUUCAACAUUUUGUCUAAAUUAAAAUGCUCAUAUAAAUAAAAUGACAAAAAGUUUGUUUGAAUUUUACGGAGUAAAUUGUAUAGAUAUAUAUACUUAUGUAGUAAUAAUGUAUAUCGACAUGUAUUGUGUAAAAGCUCGAUUCGGCACGAGAAGUAGGUAUAAAAUAUAAGUAAAAACCAUCGGGUGGGUGCCAUUUAAUAAAUGUAACAUGAGUUAUGAUACAUAUACAAACAUAUAUGAUUGGCUGAUAUGCUUUCAUAAAUAAAUCAAUUAUGUGCCUUAUAUACCAUAACUAAAUUUUAGCGAACCGAAGCGGCUGAUUUUAGCCCCUUUGCAUCAACAAAGAAAAUGCUCUUCUAUCAUUGAGGAAUUUUUCCGCUUGCAAUUGCAUUUUUUAUAACGCCAAAUCUGACGUAUGUUAAAAUCAUUCAUUAUAGUCAUUGUCAUCAGUAAGUCAGAGGUGUAUGAAAAAAUGUACUAAAUAAUAAGAAAUAUAAUCUAAAUAUGAUACGGUAUUUUGAUUUUUAUUACAGUAUAAGUUAAUUCCUCUAUUAAAUUAAAAUUACUGCAUUACUGGAAGCUGCAAGUUGAAUAGCUUGAAGAAAAUAAUUGAUCAGCGUUUAUAUUUUAUUCAACACAAUUUUAUUUCCAACAAAUAAUAACGUUUUAAAGUACAUACAUCACAUGUAUCUACAUUGAAAAUACAAUGUGUAUGAAAAUGUCAAAUAAAUGGAAAUAAAUGUAAAACGAUCUAA